AUGGGGACUAUGGAUUCUUUAACAAAGUUUAAUGCAAAUGGAACUGUCAUAUUAAAUCUGGGCAAUAAUCCAUUUUGUAGCCUCCCCAAUUGCAUCAAAGUGGAGCAGAAUUUGAAAGUAUUGUCGGUCAUUGAAUGUAAAGAGUGUAAAAGGCUUCAAUCACUUAUAGUGGAGCAGAAUUUGAAAGUAUUGUCGGUCAUUGAAUGUACAUUGUUGGAGAAAGUAACAUUUCAAUCAUUUUCAUCAUCAACCUUAGAAUUCAAGAACCAUCGUGAUGCAUAUAUAAAGUUGCAGAAUUUGCAAGAGUUUUACAACUCAAAAUGUAGAUCUUAUUCAGCUCCAUUAACCAUGCGAUAUAAUGACUCAUGGGAGAAUCAAUUUGUUAUGAUGGGGCAUAGCAGACCAUUACUAUUCUAUGAUAUGUGCGACAAUAUAGUUGAGGUCGUGGGCGCAUUUAAGUUAGAACCCAUAGGGAAUAUUGAUGUGGAGAUAAUGAAUAAUUUGGGCUUGCCCAACUUUGGAUCCAUGGGAAGCCCAACUGUUACGCUUUCAAAGAUGUACGCAGAGAAUCAAAAGAAGCUUCCCCUACAGGGAUGUCAUGAAGAACACAUGUUUUACGCUUAUCUUCCGGAAAGCAAGAUUCCAACUUGGUUUAAUAUUAAAAAUACAGGAUCUUCAAUAUCUUUUAAAGUGCCAUCGCAUUUCAGAAUUCAAGCCUUGAGUGUGUGUUCUAUUUAUGCACUUUCCAAUAAAUAUCUUGACCAUGAUUGUGAUGCACAUACUAUUAUCAAUAAUACAACCAAGAGUCUGAUUUGGAGCCAUUCCCCAAAUGUCAUUGGCAUUCCAGAAGCUGAUGAGGAUAUGAUGUUGUUAAGUUAUUGGAAGUUUGAAAAUCAGUUGAAAGGUGGGGAUGAACUGAAUAUUUCAGUGGUUGGAAGUGAAGAUUUUCAAGUGAAGGAGGUUGGAGUCCAUCUUGUGUACAAGGAGCAAGAAGAGAAGAGUAGCCAAUCAACUAGUGGAGCAGCAUCCCAAUUACAAUUCUCUCUCUAUGGAAAUGUCGUUCCUGGAAAUGCUUCUACAGUACAUCCGAUGAGCAAAAAAUUCUUCCGCCUCGGAUAUCAUUGGCCACAUUGUUGGAUUUGUGACAAUCUAUAACCUCAACCUUUGUGCACUAACUCGGCAAUUGGUUGCUU